CUGCGCAAGCUCUCGUCAGACCGCCGCUGCUGUUGCUGCUGCUGCUAUGGGACGAGGAGCUGCUGCGUGCGGACGGGAGCAUUUGCGCAAGUUUGUCUGACGUCCGCCGCAAGACGACCGCUGCUGCCGCCGCGGGGGCCCCGCGUGGCGAGCAUGGCCUUUCCCGAGCAUUCCAUCCCGCGGACAGCCAGCGUUGUGCUGGCGCUGGCCGGACUGCUGGUCCUGGGCCAGAUCUCGGCGAGAGCGCGGCGGGAGGAGCCCAUCGGGCCGCCGGAGAUCGCCGCGGCCAAGCCGGACCCCGGCCGAUGCCCGGCGGACUGCAGCUGCGCGGCCGAGGGGGCGGUGGACUGCGCCGGAGUGGACCUCACGGAUUUCCCCGCGGGGCUGCCGGCGACCACUCGCCAGCUGGCGCUACAGAACAACAAAAUCGAGGCGAUACGGGCGGAGCACCUGUCACACCUGCAUCUGCUCGAGACCCUCAACCUGCAGAACAACUGGCUCACAACAGACGGCCUGGAAGACGAAGGUUUUGAGAUGUUAGAAGAGCUGGCGUAUUUGUACCUGGCCAACAACCAGCUCACCUCGGCACCCAAAGCCUUGCCGCCCUCGUUGGUCAGUGCUGACUUCGCCGCCAAUCAGCUGACCAAGAUCUUCCCGUACACGUUUGGCUUCAAGCCCCACCUGAAGUCCGUCUAUCUCCACAACAACAAGUUGACGGACGGCGGGCUUCCCGACGGGAUGUUCAACGCUUCGGACAACCUGGAGAUCCUCACCAUGUCCAGCAACUUCCUGCGGACCGUACCCAAGAACCUGCCCCGGAGCCUGUACCGCCUUCACCUGAAGAGCAACAAGCUGGAGAAAAUCCCAGCCGGAGCCUUCGACAGCUUGCGGAACCUACGGGAGCUUUACCUGCAAAACAACCUCCUGAGCAACGACGGCAUGGACAACGAGACCUUCAGCCACCUCAACAGCCUGGAGUGCUUGGACUUGUCCAACAACAACCUGAGCGUGAUGCCCAAAGGUCUGCCUCGCAACCUGGUGCUGCUGCACCUCGAGAAGAACUCCAUCCGCAGCAUCCCGGCGGACGCCCUCAGUUCCGUGCGCAACCUGGAGUACCUCCUGCUGCACAACAACAAGCUGCGCUCGCGCUUCAUCCACCCUUCCGCCUUCCAGGGCCUGAAGAAGCUGCACACGCUUCACAUGUACAACAACCAGCUGGAGCGCGUUCCGCGGGGCCUGCCGCGGCGGGCCAAGACCCUCAUGCUGCUCCACAACGCCAUCUCGGAAAUCGGCCGCAACGACCUGGCGCUCCUCUACACGCUGACCGAGCUCAACCUCAGCUACAACCAGCUGAGCAACGCCAAGCUGCACCGCGACGCCUUCCGCAAGCUGCGCCUCCUGGAGACGCUGCACCUGUCGGGCAACGCGCUGCACUCGCUGCCCGUCGGCCUCCCUCGCAGCCUGAAGGUGUUGGAGGUGAAGAACAACCGGCUGGCCUCCAUCCCGGACGGAGCGCUGACGGGCAUGGGCAAGCUGCAGAAGCUCAUCCUCAGCGAGAACCAGCUCAGGCUGAACUCCGUCUACCAGGGGGCCUGGAUGGAGCUCGGUGCGCUUACGACAUUGGACCUGUCCAGCAACUUGCUGUCGCACGUCCCGGCCGACCUGCCCGAGUCGUUGGAGUACCUUUACCUCCAGAGGAACCGUAUCGCCAGCAUUCCCGUCUCCGCCUUCGAAGGCACUCCCAAUCUCAAAGGGAUAUACCUGCGGUUCAACCGUCUGUCGGCGUCGGCGGUGGACGAGAGCUCGCUGGCCCACCUGAGCCAGCUCCAGGUGCUGGACAUCGGCGGCGGCGCGGGAACGGGCGCUGACGGCGACGAGGAGGAGGAGGAGGAGGAGGACGACGAGCAGCCCGAGUGACUUUGCGGGACUGAAGCGGCGAGGCGUUCCCGAGACAUUCCUGGUGCGGGAUACCGGAUGAAAGUUAGCUUGGGCUGGUUCAAUGUCCACGUGGAAGUGGAUGCAUUCGCAUGAACUGUAUAUCACGUAUUGUGCCUUUGCUUUUGUCUGGCAGGAUAUAAACAACACGGCAACUUACCACUGCCACGCACUUGCACUUGUUUUGUUUUUUUUUUAAACGCAAUAUGAGCGACUGCAAUGUUACAACAGUACCCCGACUGAGCUCAUCACUCUGUUUACUUGCAUUAAAAUGACACAUGACA